AUGUCAGACACUGUCUUCGUCUGUGGUGUCACCGGUACUCAAGGAGGCGCUGUUGCCCAUAACCUCCUCGAAAAAGACAUCAAAAUUAAAUCGAUCACACGAAACAUCGAUUCACCCCAAGCAAGACGCCUCAUUUCGCAAGGCGUUCCCCUUUCCGAGGGCGAUUUCGACAAUGAAGAGUGCCUGAAGCAAGCCAUGGUGGAUUGCACUGCAUUAUUUCUCAACCUGCGACCCGACUUCACCAAACCCAACGGAGAACUCACCCAAGCUCAAAAUCUUCUCUCCGCAGCCAAACAUGCAGGCGUCAAGCAUGUGGUGUACACUAGCGCCUUGGGUACUAUUAACCCCGAACGACUUUCUCACUGGUCACCCACCGGUAUGGUUGGACUCCUGCUUCGCGGCAAACAAGCGAUCGAGAAUGAAGUCAGAAACGCCGGUUUCGAAUCCUACACAAUCCUCCGACCGGGGAAUUUCAUGACAAACUUCCUGAACCCGAUGGUUCAGAUGUAUCAAGGUCUCGUCGAGACACACCAGUUCACAACGGCUUUCCUACCGGAUACCAUUCUUCCCAUGAUUGAUCCGAACGAUAUUGGAAAGUUUGCAACAGCUUCGAUUCUGGAUCCACAGAGAUUCAAUCAGAAGGAGAUCGAGACUGUUUCUCAGAUGGUGGGUGUUGUGGACCUCAUGCAGGAUCUCUCGCGGUCCACUGGGAAGAACAUUCAACUGGUUUUUCUGUCGGAGGAGGAGAUUAAUGAAAAAUUGCCCACGAAUCCACUGUUGGCGCCACAGAAAGUGAUGCGCGACAUGUCAUUGCUUGUUGAUAUGGAGGAGGUCCAGAAGUGGGGGAUUCAGCUGGGAACAUUUGCUGAGUUUUUGGAGCGAGAGAAGGAGAGAGUGGAGCAGACAUACCUGUAA